UACGCGGGGCAGAGCGUUUCUCCACUCUUUCCAGGAUCACCUCGCGUCCCCGACCGCUGCCUGCAACUCCGAUCGCUGCCUGCAACUCCGCGAAGUCGAGAGCCCCGCAGGAAACUUGCGUUAUUGCACCCGCUGCCGCAAACCCGCAAACCCCGGGCGGCGGACGGGCCGCCAGGCUGGCUCCCAAGGAACGCGCCCCCUCCGCGGCUGGCCCGCCCUCCCCCGGGGAACCCGCGGCCUCGGGAACCAUGUCGGGCAGGUCAGUUCGAGCCGAGACCAGGAGUCGGGCCAAAGAUGAUAUCAAGAGGGUCAUGGCGGCUAUCGAGAAAGUGCGCAAAUGGGAGAAGAAGUGGGUGACCGUGGGUGACACAUCCCUGCGAAUCUACAAGUGGGUCCCUGUGACGGAGCCAAAGGUUGACGAUAAAAACAAGAACAAGAAAAAGGGCAAAGACGAGAAGUGUGGCUCGGAGGUGACCACGCCGGAGAACAGCUCCUCCCCGGGGAUGAUGGACAUGCACGAUGACAACAGCAACCAGAGCUCCAUAGCGGACGCCUCCCCCAUCAAACAGGAGAACAGUAGCAACUCCAGCCCCGCGCCGGAGGCCAACCCCUCCGUGCCCUGCGAGGGCACCAACACCAAGGCCGACGAGGCCCAGGCCGAGGGCAAGGAGCUCCCUGGGGCCGAAGAUGCUUCUGACGAGCAGAACUCGCAGUCUUCCGUGGAAAACGCCGUGAACAGCUCAGAGAAAGCCGAACGGCCGCCAUCUGGAGAAGCGGCUCUAGCGGCAGAGACGCCCUCCAUCUCUCAGGAUUUGGAAGGAGGGCCGCCCUCUAAAAAGAUGAAACUGGAGACGUCGCAACAAAACUCCGAAGAGAUGUAGACGUUCGGGGCUCAGGCUCCGGUCCGCGUGUCCCGGGAGAUCCAUCAGCAGGCUUACGUCUACGACUUCCCCGAGUGAGUCCUCGGGUUAGAACGACUGACUUUCCCAAGUUUACCAAGUGCAGAUCCAAGAGAACCUAGAACGGCGUGACUUCUCAGACACUGAAGAACUUUCUGCUGUGAAGCAAAACCCUCGAAUCUUGAAGUGACUGUCCUUGUGGAGGUGGGUCGACAGCUCAGGAGUGUCAGACACUGUCUCUGAAGCCAAGAUUACAUUUGCGUUGCUGCUGUA